AUGACUACGCCUCCAGCCGAGAUCACAUACGGUGCUCCCAAGGCCCAGCACCUCCGACUACCCGAUGGAGUCUACGUUCCUACCCUCGCAUUCUUCACAGAUGCCGAGGAAAUCGAUACCAACACCCUCGAGCGACAUCUUGUCCGCCUCAUCAACGCCGGGGUGGCAGGCAUCGUCGUCCAUGGCUCCAACGGCGAAGCAGUUCACCUCACUAGAGAGGAGCGCAGCUCCAUGAUCCGCUGCGCAGCAGACACCAUCCACCAAGAAGGGAACGAUGUCAAGAUCCCCCUCAUCGCCGGCUGCGGCGCCCAGUCGACUCGCGAGACGCUUCAGCUCUGCAGAGAUGCGGCCAAGAGCGGCGCGACCCAUGCUCUGGUGCUACCUCCCAGUUACUACGGCGCCCUCCUCGAUGAAGACAAGAUCACGCAGCACUUCUACUCAGUGGCUGACCACUCGCCCAUCCCGCUGCUCGUCUACAACUUCCCUGCCGCCGCCUCCGGGCUCGACCUCACUUCAGACGCCGUCCUGCGCGUCGCGCAGCACCCCAACGUCGUGGGGGUCAAGCUCACCUGCGGCAACACGGGCAAGCUGGCGCGGGUGGCGGAUGCCGCGCCGGAGGGGUUCUUCGUGGCGGGAGGCAGCGCCGACUUCAUCCUGCAGGGCCAGGUCGUGGGCGCCAACGGGACCAUCUCGGGGCUGGCCAACGUCGCGCCGCGGGCGUGCGUGCGCGUCAUGGAGCUCACGGCGAAGGGACGGCUCGACGAGGCAAGGCGGCUGCAGGCUGUUGUGGCGAGGGGGGACUGGGUUGCCAUCAAGACGGGCUUCGUGGGCGUCAAGGCGGCGAUCGGGCACUUUGAGCAGUACGGGGGCGCGCCGAGGAGGCCUUGUGUCCGGCCCUCGGAUGAGGAGCUGAGGGUUAUUGCGGACGGGCUGAGCGAGCUGCAUCAGGUUGAGAGGCAGUUGGAAGAGGAGGUGGUGGCUCGCGGAGGGCAGUGA